AUGAACCAUUUGCAUGAAUCGUCCUCGAUCACUGCGGACGAUUCAUACAUGAAUCAGCCUCGAUCACUGCGGACGUUGCACGAUGGCUUUUUAUUUCAAAACUUGCGGAUUUUGCGCUUUCAAGAAACACCAGACACUGGAGCAGUUAUUGUCACCUAUUGGUCACCUAUUGGUCACCUAUUGGUCACCUAUUGGGGAUUGAGGGCUUCGUCAAGGAAGCUGAAUACGGACUUUGAUGCCAGUCCAGAGGAGUACUUGACACAUCUGCGCAAAUUUAACUCAGAAGUCAAGGAAAUGAUGAAAACCCUCGACAAGAAGCCCGACAAGAAGCCCGAGAGAAAAACGAAUGUU